AUGCUUUUUAGCUAUUUCAGUGUAGUGGCAGCACUCGCUGUGCUAGGUGUUGCGAAGCCGGUUGAUAUUCGGGACGUCUCAACUUCCGAGUUGGAUGAGCUGGAUGUGUUUGCGCAGUGGUCUGCCGCAGCCUAUUGCAAGGACAACAUCAACAACGAUGACACUACCGUGAAAUGCUCUGGUGGUGCGUGUCCGUCCGUUGAAGCGGCCAGUACCAAGAUGCUGCUGGAAUUCGAUCUUUCGAACGAUUACGGCGACACGGCAGGCUUCCUAGCCAUAGACAGCACCAACGAGCGACUGGUGGUGUCCUUCCGAGGAAGUAGCACGCUCGAAAACUGGAUCGCGAACAUCGACCUCAUCCUUGAGGAAGCCGACUUCCUCUGCAGUGGAUGCUAUGUCCACUCUGGCUGGUGGAAGUCAUGGGAACAAGUUGCGGACGAUCUGACGAGCGAGAUCAAGUCCGCGAUGAGCACGUACUCGGGCUAUUCUCUCUACUUCACCGGGCAUAGCUUGGGUGGUGCGUUGGCUACUAUCGGAGCCACGGUGCUGCGCAAUGACGGAUAUACCGUCCAAUUGUACACCUUUGGAUGUCCCCGAGUGGGUAAUUAUGAGCUGGCCGAGUACAUCACCAGCCAGGGGUCUGGGGCGAACUACCGCGUCACACACACCAACGACAUUGUCCCCAGAUUACCACCCAUGCUGCUUGGAUACAGUCAGCCCAGCCCGGAGUACUGGAUCACCAGCGGGGAUGGGGACACGGUCGCGUCAUCGGAUAUUGAUAUCAUCGAGGGCAUCAACUCGACCAAGGGAAAUGCCGGAGAGGAUAUCACAAGUGUGCUGGCUCAUCUGUGGUACUUUUUCAGCAUUGCAGAGUGCCUGUACUAG